GUGCGAAAUUGAAAUCGAGAAGAUAUUUUACAACACCCCACUUACUUAACCCUCGUUUUCACAAGGCGUACAAAUCACAAACACGUAGCAGCUCAUUCCUCUCUCUCUCUCUAUUUUCAAACCCUACGAGAGAUCUUCUUCGUCAAAAGAAUCGAGCAAUGAAAGGAGGUAAAUCAAAGGCGGAUACCAAGAGCACCAAGCUCGCUGUGAACAAGAAGCCUGCAAAGGCAAGCAAAGCGGCGGCUAAGGAUCCUAACAAACCAAAGAGGCCUUCCAGUGCCUUCUUCGUUUUCAUGGAGGAUUUCCGUCAGACUUACAAGAAGGAUCAUCCCAAUAACAAAUCUGUUGCUGCUGUUGGGAAAGCUGGUGGACAAAAGUGGAAAUCCUUGUCUGACACUGAGAAGGCUCCCUACGUUGCUAAGGCUGACAACCGCAAAGUUGAGUAUGAGAAGAACAUGAAAGCCUACAACAAGAAGCUGGAGGAAGGUCCAAAGGAGGACGAGGAGGAAUCUGACAAGUCCGUGUCUGAGGUUAAUGAUGAGGAUGAUGCCGAUGAUGGGAGUGAUGAGGAGGAAGACGAUGACUAAGUUUAGUAGCAUAAUAUAGGACGCUGCAAGGAUCUCAAGCAUGUUCUUUCUUGUUUUCUCUUAUAAUGUUAACGAAGUUGUUUUAAAUGGUUUUUCUUUUCUUACUGAUUCUACGUGUAAUGGAAAAAGCGAGUGUAAUGAGAGAUUUUGCAGCUCAAUAUUAAACCAUUUAGCUUUUUUUUUUUAA